AUGAAGUCCUUCACCACUUCGGCAGCGCUGCUGCUGCUCCCGGCAGCCCAGGUCGCGAUGGCCGCCUUCGCCGACGACUGCGCCAACUUCGCAAAGUCCUUCUCCCACGAGAACACCACGGUCUACUUCACCAAUGUCGAGCCCGCCGGUGCCAACCUGAGCUUCCCCGAGCGCCACCCGACGUGCUCCGGCACUAGCCAGGUCGUCAACGUCGAGCUCUGCCGCAUCUCGAUGCUCGUCACCACCGGUGCGACCAGCAACAUCAGCCUUGAGGCAUGGCUGCCUUCCAACUGGACUGGACGCUUCCUGAGCACUGGUAACGGAGGAACCGGCGGCUGCAUCCAGUACGAGGACAUGGCCUACGCCACGUCCCAGGGUUUCGCGACUGUUGGCGCGAACAACGGUCACAACGGAACCGUUGGUGAGCCCUUCUUCAACAACCCCGGCGUUAUUGAGGACUUUGCCUACCGCUCCUUGCACACGGGCGUCGUCGUUGGAAAGGACGUCAUCAAGGCCUUCUACGGAAAGGAGCACACCAAGUCGUACUACCUCGGAUGCUCCACUGGUGGUAGACAGGGCUUCAAGGAGGCCCAGGACUUCCCCGACGACUUCGACGGCAUCGUGGCCGGCGCCCCUGCCAUGGCGUUCAACAACCUCACCUCCUGGAGUGGCCACUUCUUCACUGCCACCGGUGCCUCUGGAUCGCCGACCUUCCUGUCCAAGGACCUUUGGGCCAUUGUCCUGAAGGAUGUCCUCAACCAGUGCGAUGGUCUCGACGGCCACGUCGACGGCAUCAUCGAGGACCCCGAUCUGUGCCAGUACCGCCCCGAGGCUCUCAUCUGCGGCAGCAACCAGACCGACAGCUGCUUGACCGGAACCCAGGCCCAGACCGUCCGCACCGUCUUCGGUGACGUCUACGGCGUCGACGGAUCUCUCGUCUACCCCCGCCUCCAGCCCGGAGCCGACUCGACCGGCCCCCUCCUCAGCGGCACCGCCUUCCCCUACACGACCGACUGGUUCCGCUACGUCAUCUACAACGACCCCAACUGGGACCCGGCCACUCUGACGGUCAAGGACAUGGCCUACGCCGCCCAGAAGAACCCCUUCAACAUCGAGACCUGGAAGGGCGACCUCUCCGCCGUCAAGGACCGCGGCACCAAGAUCCUCCACUACCACGGCCUCCAGGACCCCAUCAUCUCGUCCGACAACUCGGCCCGCUACUACAACCACGUCUCGCGCACCAUGGGUCUCACCUCGGUCCAGCUGGACGACUUCUACCGCUACUUCCGCAUCUCGGGCAUGAACCACUGCAGCGGCGGCCCCGGUGCCACUUUCAUCGGAAACAAGCCCGCCGCUGUCGCUAGCUACGAGCCCGAGCAGAACGUUCUCUCUGCCAUCGUGCGCUGGGUCGAGCAGGGCGUUGCCCCCGAGGCGAUCCUCGGAACUGCCUAUGUCAACGGCACCAAGGAGAACGGUGUUGCUUUCACCAGGAAGCAUUGCAAGUACCCUGCGCGCAACACUUUCAAGGGCGGCGACCCCAACUCUCCGGACAGCUGGAGCUGCGUGUAA